GGUGGGGAGGGGCCGGGCCAGGCUGGCCAGGCUGGCCAGCUCAGAGUUAGAGACGCUUGCAAGAUUCCAGAAGUCUGUGUAUCCCGCACCUAUCCGCCGCUCCAUGGCACCAUGAGCCGGCGGAGUUUCUCGCUCCAGUUCCCACUGCUCCUGCUGUUGCUGUUGCCGUCCCAGGUCUUAGCUGCGGACCCCAGGGAGCCCGCUCCAGUGAACCCCUGUUGUUACUACCCAUGCCAGCACCAGGGCAUCUGUGUCCGCUUUGGCAGUGACGGCUACCAGUGUGACUGCACCCGCACGGGCUAUUCCGGCCCCAACUGUACCAUCCCUGAGCUAUGGACCUGGCUCCGGAAUUCACUGCGGCCCAGCCCCUCUGUCCUCCACUUCCUGCUGACACAUGGGCGCUGGUUCUGGGAGUUUAUCAAUGCCACCUUCAUCCGAGACAUGCUCAUGCGCCUGGUACUCACAGCACGUUCCAACCUUAUCCCCAGCCCCCCCACCUAUAACUCGGCACAUGACUACAUCAGCUGGGAGUCCUUCUCCAAUGUGAGCUAUUACACUCGUGUUCUGCCCUCUGUGCCCCAAGACUGCCCCACGCCCAUGGGGACCAAAGGGAAGAAGCAGUUGCCAGAUGCCCAGGUCCUGAGCCGUCGCUUCCUGCUCAGGAGGAAGUUCACACCCGACCCACAAGGCACCAACCUCAUGUUUGCCUUCUUUGCACAACACUUUACUCACCAGUUCUUCAAAACUUCUGGCAAGAUGGGUCCUGGCUUCACCAAGGCCUUGGGCCAUGGGGUAGACUUCGGCCAUGUUUAUGGAGACAAUCUGGAACGGCAGUAUCAGCUGCGGCUUUUUAAGGAUGGGAAACUCAAGUACCAGGUGCUGAACGGAGAGAUGUACCCGCCAUCGGUGGAAGAGGCACGUGUGGUGAUGCGCUACCCACGGGGCGUUCCGCCCCAGAACCAGAUGGCUGUGGGCCAGGAGGUGUUUGGACUGCUUCCUGGGCUCAUGCUCUACGCCACCCUCUGGCUGCGUGAGCACAACCGUGUGUGUGACCUGCUGAAGGCUGAGCACCCCACCUGGGGUGAUGAACAGCUCUUUCAGACGGCCCGCCUCAUCCUUAUCGGAGAGACCAUUAAGAUUGUGAUUGAGGAGUACGUGCAACAGCUGAGUGGCUACUUCCUGCAGCUCAAGUUCGACCCAGAGUUGCUGUUUAGCAGCCAGUUCCAGUACCGUAAUCGUAUUGCCCUGGAGUUCAACCAGCUAUACCACUGGCACCCGCUCAUGCCCGACUCCUUCAAGGUGGGCGCCCAGGAGUACAGCUACGAGCAGUUCCUGUUCAACACCUCCAUGCUGGUGGACUAUGGGGUCGAGGCCCUAGUGGAUGCUUUCUCUCGCCAGAUAGCCGGCCGGAUCGGUGGGGGUAGAAACAUAGAUCAGCAUGUCCUGUACGUGGCCAUGGAUGUCAUUAAGGAAUCUCGAGAGCUGCGGCUGCAGCCCUUCAAUGAGUACCGCAAGAGGUUUGGCAUGAAGCCCUACACCUCUUUCCAGGAGUUCACAGGAGAGGAGGAGAUGGCAGCUGAGUUGGAGGAGCUAUAUGGAGACAUUGAUGCCUUGGAGUUCUACCCGGGACUGCUUCUUGAGAAGUGCCAUCCAAACUCCAUUUUUGGGGAGAGUAUGAUAGAAAUUGGGGCUCCCUUUUCCCUCAAGGGCCUCUUAGGGAAUCCCAUCUGUUCUCCUGAAUAUUGGAAGUCGAGCACAUUUGGUGGCGAGAUGGGCUUCAACCUUGUGAAAACAGCCACACUGAAGAAGCUGGUCUGCCUCAACACCAAGACUUGUCCCUACGUUUCGUUCCGUGUGCCCGACCCCCACGAGGACGAUGGCCCUGGGGUGGAGCGGCCAUCCACAGAGCUCUGAGGGGACAGAGCAGCAGCGUUCUGGAGGGGAGAGUUUUGUGCUUGUCUUUCCAGAAUGCUGAGGCCAGGGGUGACCGUCUGAAGCGUUGGGUUUCUAGUUUGGCACCGAGAGUAUCAGGGUUGACAUUUCGAACUUCGUGUCUUUCCCCCAUUGUCUGGAAUACCAUGGUCUUGUUUGUCAUUCUAAAGUACUGAACUCCUGGUUAACCAUCUAGAAUGUGAGGAGUGGGUCUCAUUGGCACGCCCAAACACUGGGCUUCUGGCUGACACCUAGAAUGUCCGAUAUCUGGUUGAUGUGGAAUAUAGGCAUUCGAGGAUGUGGCGCUCCUGAUACCAUCAUGUAGAAAGUUAGGGGAUUCUAAUUUUGCAUUCUAGGAUUUUGGGGGACUGUCCAGAAUGUUGACUUUCUGAUUGGCAAUCUAGAAGGUUGUGUUGCCGGUUGUAGGUCCAGAAUAGUGGCUGGUGUGCUAGAUUAGUCCUGGGCUGAAUGUCUAGAAUGUUGAUUUGAUUCAUUUUCCUGUUCAGUGAGCUAGCCACAGAGCAGGAGAAUCUAAUGAAUGUCUAAGAAGAAUGUGUUGCCUGAAUCUGUGCCUGCACUGAGGGGCCAAGGAGGUGGGGUGUUCUUGGGGCCCCAACUUAGACCUUGGUCUGAAGAUACAGAGGGAGCAGGUGGGCUUUUUCCAGGCCAUCGGUUGGAAGCAACUGGAGCUCUGUCUCCGUCCAGGUCUUGACUCACGGCAGCUGUUUUUCAUGAAGCAAAUAAAAUUCUUUU